AUGAGACUCACUACCUGGAAUGUCAACGGCAUCCGUAAUCCAUUUUCUUACCAUCCAUGGAGUAUCACGAAGACUUUCCCGGCUAUGUUCGAUAUACUCGAAGCCGACAUCAUCGUCAUGCAAGAGCUCAAAAUCCAGCGAAAGGAUUUGCGUGAUGACAUGGUGAUACUUGAUGGCUGGGAUUGCUAUUUCAGCUUGCCUAGACAGAAGAAAGGUUAUUCAGGUGUAGGUAUCUAUACUCGCAAUGCUACCUGCUCUCCCAUCCGAGCCGAGGAAGGCAUCCUUGGAGUCUUGACGCCACCAAAUUCAACAACUCAAUUCCGCAGCCUACCAGAAUCUCAGCAGAUUGGCGGAUACCUGUCUGAACUAGAGCUUGCAGAGCUUGGUGUUGAUCCUCUGCUUCUGGACGCCGAAGGUCGCUGUGUAAUUCUCGAGUUUCCUGCUUUUGUUCUCUUCGGCGUCUACAGUCCUGCCAACUCGAAUGGUCUACGAGACGACUUCCGCUAUGCCUUCCUCAAUGCUUUGGAUUGCCGGAUACGCAAACUCGACAAGAUGGGCAAACGUGUUGUGUUAGUUGGUGACCUCAAUGUUUCUCGAGGCUUGAAUGAUACAGCCUCUGCGGCCGAAGACAUCAAGAAAGCCGGCAUGACACCUGAAGAAUAUGUCAGCACCCCCAACCGUCGCAUAUUCAACCAACUCAUCAUCAACGGUGAGGUCUAUGGGGAAAGGGACGAAGGUCGAGAGCAGCCCAUCUUGCUUGACACCACUAGAGAGUUUCAUCCUGAGAGGAAAGGCAUGUACACUCAUUGGGAGCAGAAGAUCAAUGCUAGACCUGGAAACUUUGGUAGCCGCAUCGACUUUGUUCUUGCUAGUGGGUCUAUGCGCGACUGGUUUGUUCAUGCCGAUAUUCAGGAAGGUCUAAUGGGUUCCGACCAUUGUCCAGUCUACGGAGAGUUCAAAGAUGUUGUCAGUAUCGAAGGUGAUGAUGGACGAUCAGAAGUCAGUUUGAUCGACAUGAUGAACCCUCCCGGUGUCUUCAACAAUGGCGUUCGCCAGAAGGAGUGGAACAUCAAAGAGCUGCCUUCCUUCAGUGCCAGACUUAUGCCCGAGUUCUACCAAAGAAGAAGCAUCAAAGACAUGUUCAAAAAGCCUACUGCCCCUGCCGCGCCGACAACCACAGCUUCCUCGUCAAGUGGCCAGACAGGCUCGGCAUCGACAUCCAAAUCUAUUCAAUCAACCAACGCGAACUCUGCUCUGGAUGAGACCGCCGGUGCUUCCUCCACCAAUGUGGUGAUUUCUCCAUCGCCAGAGAGAAAGCGCAAAGCAUCAGAAACAUCUACAACCCAAUCAUCAAAGAAACAAAAGCCUACACCCAGUUCUACAUCAAAGACAGCUCCUGCCAAAGGUCAGAAGAGUCUGAAGGGCUUUUUUCAAGCAAAGCCAAAGCCGGAGGAGCAAAGUAAUGGUUCAAAUGAGGAUGUGCCUGCUGCGCGCGAAACAACUGUCUCAAAAUAUGCACAAGAGACGGUAGGCGAUACCACUGCAUCCGAAGCAGCUUAUGCAUCUUCUACGCCACCCUCGAUCAGCACAAAAGACUUUACACCUUCAAUUGAUGUCCGAGGUAGUCUAGUGGCGUCUGACACGCCUGCAAAAUCUUCGUGGCAGACAUUGUUCCGCAAACCAGCAGCACCAUUGUGCGAAAGCCACGAAGAACCAUGCAAGAGCAUGCAAACCAAGAAAAAGGGAGAGAACCAAGGGCGUAGCUUCUGGAUGUGUGCAAGACCGCUAGGACCGUCAGGAAACAAAGAAAAAGGUACGCAAUGGCGAUGCCCAACAUUCAUAUGGUGCAGCGACUUCAAAGGAGGAGAGAUAAAGUAG